CGGAGCCUGGGGCGAGGGUGGGGUGGGAGGCACAAAUCGGGGCGAACUCAUCUGUUUUGCUCAUCUGGGCCAGGCUGGGAGGAGCGGGGCCAGCUCUGUGCUGACCGUGCAGGGGUGGUGGCAGGGGACAGGGGUCCCGUGUUCCCGUGGCUGCGCGCUUUGCAUCCCCUGCAUGGCUCCGUGCAUGGGCUGGGGACCAGGCCUGUGAAAUGCUUCUCCCAGAGGAUGCUCCGUGCGUUUCCUGGAACAAGAUCGUCCUAGCAUGUCGAGGGGGGGGCACUGCUGAGCCCCAUAACCAGGCCUGCUCACAGGGCCCAGGCUGUUUCUGCACCCCUCCCACCAGGCCAUUCCCAGCAUCUUCCUGGUGCCCAGGAAUUCUCCUUUGGAGAAAAGCUGGGAGAAGUUGAGUGAUGAGUAUGUCAUGGGGGCACUCAGGAUGAGUGUCAGAGACCUUUAAGCAAAGGGGAUGAGGGUAAAAUGAGAAACAGUUGAGGCAAAGGUCUUUUUUUAUGAGGGAAGCCUGCAGGAAGGCUGAAUCUUUGCCUGCUAUGUGCUUGUUAAUAAAGAUAAGAUUCCUGUGCCAUGUCAGAAGGGUUGCUAAAUCCACAGCCUGGGUGCUAGCUGCGUCUUUUAACCCUUUGUGGCCUCCUACAAGAGUAAAAAGCCAGGGUGGAGAUGAGUCUUUGAGCAGCUGCUGAGUUACACACUGCUGGUGGUGACCUGUAGCUCUCAGCCCUACAAAGCCUUCAUUUUGGGCAGCCUUGCGUUGUCCUUGAGUAUGUGGGUGUCGUAUCCUCCUGUACGCCCCUUUUGGCAUGGUAUUCCUGUAACAAAAAGGGGAAUGGGGCAAACCAAAGGGACGUUGGGACAGGAUGCAGGAGGGAUGAAGGCUGCGGUGCCUUUGGUACUGGAGGGGCUGAGCUCUGCCCGUAGCAGACAGGCAGCGAGCUGCCGUGGGCAUUCACGUGCUUUGCAGGAGUGGGAGUUUUGGGGAUGGGUUGCAGUGCGCACAGUGCGUGGAGAUGCAGCUGCCGGUCCCGGAUACGUGCAAAAGGGCCGCGGUGCAAAAGAGGAAAGUGCUGCAAGGACCUAUCUUGAGAAGGAAACCGAAAAUGAAAGUUCCUCUUAGGUGAUGGCCCAGUUGCAGCUUGCCACACUGGCUUCCUAAGGGUUUGGCAGACAGCGAGAGCGAGGAAUCACAUGAGUCAGCUGCUCGCAGGCACUGGAUGCCGGUGCUCACCAGACCUCCUGCAGGUUGAGCCGUCAGAGUCGCACCAGAAAUUCCAUGUUGGGGAAUUCCAUGCGUUGGCGCUGAGCUCUGGGCUGGGGGCAGUGGGCUGAGGUAAAACGGAGCCGGCUGCAUCAACAGGCCGUGCUGCAGGAGCGCUGGAGCAGUUGGUCUCUGUGGCUGGAUGUGUCCACAACCAGCACCGCGCUCCGUGCAGCCUCAGGCUGCGGCUGUGUGAGGCACAGAAGGAAUUCAUCCCGCUUUGGUUAUUCACAGACUAACAGAGAACUGCUCCCAGGCUGCUCCUUGGAGCCUUCAGAUGAAAGGUGAGCUGUGAUUUUAGCCUCGCUGGGCACUGCAUCUCCCGGAGCUGCCACAGUGUACCCGAGCAGGGAGCAGCAGGGGAGCGGUGGCCCCAGGACCCAGUGCUGCUCCCACCCCGCAGACCCCACUGCUGAUCCUCAGCGUGCUCUCAGCUUUUCCUUGGAUGGGGAUGUUUGAGGCUGGGGAGGAAAAGGGAAAUCCUGUCCCUGUAGCACGUAGGAAAAAACAGCCCCUCCAUCUGUGUGUCACUGGGGCUCAGAGGCCCUGAACGCAGCGAUGUGUGAGGGCUUGCUGAGCCAGUUUGCAUUUCCAGGCCCCCAUCCCCACCCUGGGUGCACUUCACACUCCGGUUUAUGAUCUCAAUUCAUUUUUUUUUUUUCUUCUGCGUAAUCUUCAGCUGUGAGCUUGGGCUGGGUGUUGCACUUCUGACCUUGCCAUAGGUGGUUGUUUUCCUGUAACCGGCACUUUCUUCUUCAAUUAAUUUUUGCUGGGGAUGUGUUUUAAACCGAGCGUCGAUGGGGCUUCGCGAGUUUCAAGCUGGUGCAAAGCAGAAAGCCCACCAGCUUGGCCCCGUCUGGGGUCAGGCCUCAGAACAUGUACUGGCAUGCUGAACAAAAGGCGAGCAGCCGCAGGGAUCCAGCCCUGACUUAGGCAGGUGGCCUCACUUCCUUCCCUGCAGAAAGCAGGGCUGACGUCAGAGCGAUGAGCGGGCGGCAGAGCAGCAGACGAGCGGUUUGCAGGGCCCUCAGCGCAGGUCCCGCCGAGUCCCCCAGCAUCUCUGCGAUGGAAGGGAACAACGGGGACCCACCCAGGGCCCACGGACGCCGGGGCAGCAAUGGGCACAGGCUGUCACAAGAGAUGGAUUCAGAGGACCAGGUGGUCCAGGAGACCGAGGAGGUGUUCCGGAGCUACGCCUUCUACCGCUACCAACAGGAGAGAGAGGAGAGAGGGGAGGAGGUGCCCAUGGACCCGGAGAUCGUGGAGAUCCAGCAGGAGCUGGGCAGCACCAGCAGCAUGGUGGGCAGGCGCCUGGCCAUCAUCGGGGACGACAUCAACAAGCGGUACGACGCGGAGUUCCGCCAUAUGCUGAAGUCCUUGCAGCCCACGAAGGAGAAUGCCUACGACUACUUCAAAACCAUAGCCUCCAGCUUGUUCGAGAGUGGCAUUAACUGGGGCCGGGUGAUCGCGCUGCUGGGCUUCGGUUACUGCAUGGCCAUCCACGUCUACCAGCACGGCAUCACGGGCUUCCUGCGCCGCAUCGCCCGCUACGUCACCGAGUUCAUGAUGUACAACCGCAUCGCGCGGUGGAUCGCCCAGCAGGGAGGAUGGGUGGCUGCACUCGAUCUGGACAAUGUUUACAUGAAGUACAUGCUGGCGGUGGUGGCCCUGGUGAUGGUGGGGCAUUUAGUGGUACGACGCUUCUUCAGGCCCUGACCGCCGUGGGGUGGAGGCGGGGGUCCCGCCGAGCUCUCUCUCAAACCUCUGCUCCGCGGUGACACCUCCGAGGAGAGGGGGAUUCAAGGGACCUCUGAGAGAGAGAGCAGCGUGGACCCGUGAGCCUCCCACUGCAGGACACGGGGCCUGUGCCGCCCAGGAGAUGCCACCGGGAGCUGCAGAGAGAGGCAACGGGGAGGGAGGGGUUGGCUCUGCUGUCUGUCUUGUGCCUCGCUCGGCUGCUGAGGGCAGAGCAGCACUGGGACCUCGUGGCACGCAGCAGUGAGGCAGGAGAACAGGCUGCUCUGCAGGAACCAAGGCAUUGCCGUGAGAACGCACCUACGCGUGCGUGUGUCGUGUCCGCUCUGUGCUGUUCUUCAGACGCUCCUAGGGUGGGUGCAGAGCUCCCCAUGGCUGAUGGCUCCAGCCCACACCUGCAUUUGAAGAGGGAUUCCAGCCUCGGUUGUGUUGUCUGUAAGUCGCUGGAGGGGGGAGCCAGCAUUAGGAAGUGUGAGGUUUGCUUUCGUCUUCCCCCUGCUCCUGAGCCAGAGUACUUGAGCCUUCUCUUUCUUUAUAACAAGCAUCCCAUACCUUUUUUAAGAACCAUGCUGACUACCUGACAGACGAUGGGAACACGCCUGGCACCAGCAAGCUGCCCGUGCCCAGCCCACACUGCAGCUCUCCGGGGCUGGUGCAGGUCCUGGGGUGCAGCUGUGUCUCAUUGCCCACUCCCCAGGCCCUCAGUGAGCCCCAAAAGCUGUGUGCCAGCAGGCCUAGGGAGCACCGGUGCGUUUCCAAACACUAAAAACCUGUGGAACACUCAUGGUGGGUGCAGGCAGCUCGCCCUCCUCCCAUUCUGCUGGCUGCUUCUGUCCAGCAUGCUUGCACGCUGCCCCACCGGGACCAGUGGGUCUCCCUUUCUGCCAGUGGGAGGCACUGGGGUUGCACCACCACGUCCCUGUUCUCACUGUAGGAGCUGGGCUGGAGGUGCAGAGAGCCCAGGGCACGUCUGAGCUGGGCAUGGCACGCAGCCCUGUCGGCGCAUGGCUUCUUUGGCAAGUGGCCCGACCUCGUUCCGUUCAUGGCUGAUGCUUGAAGAUGAGCUUUAGGGGGGGAGGGCAGCCAGCACCGCUCACCCAUCUCAGAUCUUUCUGACUUUUUGCAAAACAGGGAGAGCGUCCCAGCACGGGCUGCCUGGCUUAGCUCUGUUGCUUUUACUCCAGGCGACUCUGUAAGGUUUGAAACUGUGAUGGCCUUCUCUGAGCCAAACCCACCCUGUUCCAGCGUCACACGCUCCCAGAGCGGCUCAGCAGCUGGGGGCAGCCGGGGCCCUCGGGGCAGGGGAUGAGCAGCGGGGCUGUGCUGGGGCUCCUCCUGCUGCAGCAGCACCGCGGCCCUGAGCAGCCUUCGUGGGAGCCAAGGGGUGAAGAGUGGGCAGCUCACCUCUCCCCCCUAACAGAGGCGUUUCCUAAUGGACGCCUGUCUGUCCUCUUUGUAAAACCUCCCAGUGUCACCUCCUUGCAUCGAUUCCUGCCCUUGUCUUCAGGUUUGUCCUCAGUGUCUUGAGACUGCUCUGCUGCAGCACAGAGGACACCCGGCAGCCUUUCUCCUUGCAGGACCGGCCAUAAUUUUAUACCACUGAUGUUCCUCAGGUUCCUGUGUUUUAAUGAAACUUUUUGGCCUCUCUGUAUCAGGGUCUUCCCGCGCUCAUCACUCCGACCCUAUGUCUGCAGUAUCCCUGCCCCUGGCGGAGUGCCCUGAACUGCACUCACUGAAAGGACAUUAAAAUAUUUGCUCUCAUGUUCCUCCUUAUCCAUCUGUCUUGGUGGCUUUCCUUGUAAUCCUGAAGUGCUGAGUGUCCGCGGUGCGCUGUGCCCAGGCUUUGCAGCCAUGCUGAUGCUCCGUACUCCAUUUGUCCCCUUGCGAGCGCACUUCCUUGCAUUUAACCACGCAGCUUCAUCUGCCAUCGUGCCACCGCUCCACUGCCUGGAGCAGAGCUUUUGAUUCUCCAACUGGUGGGAGCCUGGACAGCCCGCAGGUCCCCAUCCCUGCCUUCUUUUCUGGGUGAGAAUACCACCAGAUGGAGCUUCUCUGCCACGGUGAAUUACUAAUUGCUGUUUUCCUUUUCUCUUAAUCAACCCCGUUCUCGACGUGCCCUGGUCUUUGCUUUGGCUCCAGCAGGACUUUUUGCAGAAGACCUCGGGAAGAAAACAGUACGUCAUCUGCUCAUGACAUUAUUCACUACUUUACCAACACACUCUGAGAACUCUAAGGGGGUACUGUGCUCGUGCAAACAGCCCUAACUUAUUCUCAUCUUCCUGAGGUGCUUCGCCUUAUGAACCAAAUUCAGAUGUAAGGCCAGGGGAUGUUAAAUAAAGGAGACUUUUCAGCUUUGUGGUA